CUGCCAAGGCCGCCACGAGCAGGAUUGUUUCUGGAGUUUUGCAUAGAUCGGUAGAUUGUUGGGACUUUCAGUCUGCUGUACGGUAGUUCGUGUGAUAGGCCUAUUUCUGUAGUUAGCGGCUAUAUUAAGUGUUUGUCCUGCUGAUCGUUCAAAUGGAAGGGAAAAAGGAUGGAACGAAUGCCGUUCUCAAAGUGAUAUUUAUCUCUCUUCUCAUUGACUUGUUUGGAUUUACAGUCAUUUUACCACUGUUUCCUUCACUUAUGGAAUUUUACAAAAGCAAUGAUAAGGGAAAUUUGUAUUCUUCUAUGGAAAGCAUGGUGACUUCGUUCAGAAAGUUAAUCGGAAUUCCAGAAACUGAGGAUGUUAAUUCUGUUUUAUUUGGAGGUAUGAUUGGAUCUUUGUUUUCAUUCCUUCAAUUUCUCAACUCACCAUUCUUUGGAGCAGCUUCUGAUGUUUAUGGACGAAGAUCGCUAAUUUUAGUUUCGCUUUGCGGAAGUGCAAUUUCUUAUGUGUUAUGGGCAAUGUCUGACUCAUUUUUACUUUUUCUCAUUGCAAGAAUUGUAGCCGGAAUAAGUGAAGCUAAUGUCAGUAUUAGUACUGCAAUUAUUGCUGAUUUGAAAAGUGAGAAAGCAAGAUCAAAAGGAAUGGCAGUAAUCGGUGUUGCUUUCUCAAUUGCAUUUGUCUUCGGUCCUCUUGUCGGUGCUUGUUUUACUAAAACUAUGUUGAAGGGAAACAACUUCUUUAUUGGACCAGCAUUAUUCAGCCUCUGUCUUACAUUAGCCGACAUAGUUUAUGUGUCUGGAUUUUUACCAGAAACAUUACCUGUAAACAAGAGGGCAUCAUCAGUAUUCACAAGCAUAAAGGAAAUAACACAUUUGAUCAAUCCUGUCGCUUUAUUUAAAUUUUAUGCAGUUCCAUCGACUCGUACUAAUCCAAUUAAAGGUUCUUCAUUACGUCAACUGGGAUCAAUUUAUUUCAUGUAUCUUUUUCUGUUUUCUGGAUUGGAAUUUACAUUAACAUUUCUGGGACAUCACAGAUUUCAGUUCACUCAUAUGGACCAAGGAAAAAUGUUUGCAUGUCUUGGUAUUACGAUGGCCCUAGUACAAGGUGGCUAUGUCAGGAGAAAAAUGGAAAACAAAGAAAUAAAAAUGGCAUUUAAUGGCAUGGUUAUCUUGAUUCCUGGUUUCAUUGUAGUUGGAAUGUCCAAUAGUGUUGCAAUGUUAUAUGCUGGUCUCUUUAUGUUUGCAUUUGCUGCUGCAUCAGUUGUCCCAUGCUUGUCAUCACUGACUGCUACUCAUGGAUUGGAAUCUGAAAAGGGUCGUGUCAUGGGAAUCCUACGUUCCCUUGGUGCAUUGGCAAGAGCUACAGGACCUAUCUGUGCAUCUGCAUCAUACUGGUUGGUUGGGGCCACAUAUACUUAUGUAAUAGGAGGGUUGUUACUUAUUAUACCAUUGAUGUGUCUGAGACGUCUUCCGGAUAUAAAAGCGGAUACCAAAGAAGAGUGAGAGAAGAUUUGAACUUUUUACAAACAAAAGGACCAAAGUGCCAGAAUAUUUUUAAGCUAAUCAUGUUUUGAAAUUGCAGUCUUUUUAUGUGUUUUGUUUUUAAUAUUUUUAUUGUUGCCUGAUCAUUGAAGCCUUACACUUUCAUUAUGAACUGGAAUUGAAAAAUGCUUAUUUUAUCUGAGGUUUCAUGAACAAAAAAACAAAUAAACAAACAAUAACAACAAUAAACAUAAAUUUUGUUAGAUGAGCCAUAUUCCAUUUUAAAUAUUUACCCAUGAAAAUGUUUUCAUCAUUUGUUCAUACCCAUUAUCUCUUCUCAUGCCCACUCAGUGAUUCAUGAUUUUUUAUUAUUUUUUCCAUCCCAUUUUCUACCCAAUUCUUAAUGAAAACUCCUCAAACAGAUUUUUGCUUGGUACAUUUAACCGUGGAUAUUACACCAAUGAAAAUUUGUAAUAAGAAAUUAAUGUAUUUUACAAUAACCAUGAGAUAUUGCAAAACUAUGCAUUUCGUAUUUAAAUUUAUGAAAUUGGUACUAUCAUAAGUAUUGACUAGUUAAUCAUUUGUAACGCUCUAUAAAUGUAGCAUUGUGCAACGACAGGUUAUAUAUAUAUAUUCCCUUUUUAUUUUUUUACCACAGUUAGCAAAGUAGUGUGAAAUUAGGUUUAUUUGAUUGCUGGAAGGAAAUGCCGCAAUACUUGACAAUUCGAAAAUGUUGUAUUCUCCGUUUUAAAUGUCACGACCCCCCACCCCUAGUGCGAACCGGAAAGAAUCCGUUUUUUUGCUAAAAUUAGAAGACCAUAUCAGUAGACAGACCAAAAUUUAAUUAUUGCCAAUCGAAAUAGUUCUUGAAGUAUGGAGUGAUGGAUAUUUCAAGAAAGUUUAUUUUUCUAUGAAAAUGUGUUAUUUUAACAAGACAUGUUUUUAUUCUGUGUUAUCAAAACCACAAGCUAAUUUAUAAAAGAAUUGUUUGUGGUGUUUUAAAAGCAAAUUUGAUGAAAUGUUUUCGUUUUCAGCAGUAUUCUACUCUCUGGUAUGAAAUUAUGUUAGCUUAUUAUAAUAUUUUAUAUGAAUUGUAUUUAUUUUGGAAAUAUCAGAAUUUGAAAACAAUC